AUGGAGCUGGACCACCAAGCAGGUACAACCACUUUGACCAGGGCCCAUCUGAACAACAGCAAGGAAGGCCAGCAGGACACGGACCCCUGGAGAACUGCCCGUAGCCCACUGGAUACCUCCAAGUGCAAGUACCAGCUCCCAGUCUCCCCACAGCCAUCCAUGUACCAAGGACACAGCCCCCGAGGCAGCUCCCUCGGGCAGGCCUCCCUGGAGGAGAUCCGGCCUCCACCCCUGAAGGCUGUCAGCCAGGACUCUCCCCAGAGGGACUCACAGCCGGGGUCCCUGAAGAAGGAGAGCUACAGACCCUCCUUGAGGGAGAGGAGGGCCUCCUUCCGAGAGGGGGCUCAGCCGUGCCAGGGGCUGGAGGAAGACCCCAACUUGGGGGCACAGGGCCAGAGUAGCAGCAGUAUUCCCAACAACAUUCGUCACAAGUUUGGGAGCAACGUGGUGGACCAGCUGAUCUCCGAAGAGCAGGCUCAAAGGGCCAUUGGUGAAGCCUUGGAGGGCCAGAAAAGGGCAAGCUCACGGCCCAGCAGGAUCCAGAGUCCCACUGAAAUCACCUCCGUCUUUUCAGGCUACUAUGAUCUGGGCUACAACAUGCGGUCAAACUUGUUUCAAGGGGCCCCACAGGAGAUGAAGAGCCUCAUGAAGGCCUCCUACACCCCUGAGGUGAUUGAGAAAUCAGUGAGGGACUUAGAGCACUGGCAUGGCAGGAAGACGGAUGAUCUGGGACGGUGGCACCGGAAAAAUGCGGUGAACGUGAACUUGCAGAAAGCACUGGAUGAGAAAGAAAAGAGCAAAAGCAAGAACUUGAAGUUCUAG